CAGAGAUGUUAAUUUUCAGGUUAGAAUUGUUAGAUUAUUCAAAUCAAAUAGACACGUAAAUUUACAACACACAGACAGUAAAUUAAUUUGAUUAACAAUUUGUAACAAAAAUUAUCAUCUCUUAAUAAAAUGAAGACGAGAUUCAAUACUUUUGACAUCGUUUGUGUAGUUGGAGAGCUUCAACGAUACAUUGGGAUGCGAGUGAACAACAUUUACGAUAUUGAUAAUAAGACAUUUUUAAUUAAAUUGCAAAGAACCGAAGAGAAAGCUGUGAUACUUCUAGAGUCGGGAAUAAGAAUUCAUUCCACUGCUUUCGAAUGGCCAAAAAAUAUGGCUCCGUCAGGAUUCAGCAUGAAGAUGAGAAAACAUUUACGAAAUAAACGACUUGAAAGUCUUACUCAAGUGGGAGUGGAUAGAAUUGUUGAUUUACAAUUUGGAAGUGGUGAAGCUGCCUAUCACGUGAUAUUAGAACUUUAUGAUAGAGGAAAUUUGAUAUUAACUGAUCAUGAGUUGAGAAUCUUAUAUAUUUUGAGGCCUCAUACUGAGGGUGAAAGUGUAAAAUUUUUUGUAAAAGAAAUAUAUCCUCAAGAUAGAGGAAGGGAGUCUAAACCAAUUACGAAAGAAGAUUUGAAGAAUAUGUUGGAAGCAUGUAAACCUGGGGAUCCACUCAAAAAGGCUUUAGUAUCUAAAUUAGAUUAUGGACCUUCUCUGAUUGAACAUGUUCUGAUAGGGAAAGGUUUUAGUAAUAAUUGUAAAAUUGGGAAAACCUUCAACUUAUCAACUGAUUUAGAGGCAUUAUUUGAAGCAAUAAUGGAGGCAGAGAAUAUUUUUGGAAAAGCUAGAGGAGCUAUAAAUAAGGGUUAUAUAAUACAAAAGAAAGAAGAAAAGGUUUCAACAAACGAGUGUAGUGGGGAAACUUACUUCUUAUCCAACCAAGAAUUUCAUCCAAUAUUGUACAGACAGCAUGAGUCAUUACCUUAUAAAGAAGUUGAUUGCUUCAAUACAGCAAUUGACGAGUUCUUCUCAUCUAUGGAAAGUCAGAAAAUUGAACUGAGAGCUUUACAACAAGAGAAGGAGGCACUGAAAAAACUUGAGAACGUCAAGAAGGAUCACCAACAGAGGUUGGUGGCUCUGGAAAAAACUCAAGAAUUAGACAAGCAGAAAGCUGAGUUAAUUACUAGAAAUCAGGAAAUUGUUGAAAAGGCAAUAUUGGCUGUUCAAAGUGCCCUGGCCAAUCAGCUCUCAUGGGAUGCAAUAAAAGACUUGGUAAGAGAGGCAGCUGCUCAAGGGGAUCCGAUAGCACAAACAAUAAAAGAAUUCAAACUGGAAACAAAUCACAUAACUCUUUAUCUCACAGAUCCUUAUGACAGCGAUGAUAAUGAAGAGGAAGAGGAUAAUAAUAAAAUUAAACCUAUGGUUGUUGAUGUUGAUUUGGCACUGUCAGCCUAUGCAAAUGCCACAAGAUAUUAUAGCCAGAAAAGACAUGCUGCAAAAAAGCAGGAAAAAACUAUCAAGUCACAGACGGUUGCUUUGAAAUCAGCAGAGAAAAAAACUAAACAGACUCUAAAAGAGGUUGAAACGAUAACCAACAUACAGAAAGCAAGGAAGGUGUAUUGGUUUGAGAAGUUUUUCUGGUUUAUAAGUUCAGAAAAUUACCUUGUAAUUGCUGGAAGAGAUCAACAACAGAAUGAACUACUAGUCAAAAGAUAUUUGAAACCUACUGAUAUAUAUGUCCAUGCGGAUGUCCAUGGUGCAAGUAGUAUAGUUAUAAAAAAUCCAACAAAUCAACCUGUACCACCCAAGACCCUGAAUGAAGCUGGUACUAUGGCAAUUUGUUACAGCGUGGCUUGGGAUGCCAAAGUCGUUACCAACGCCUAUUGGGUAUGGGGUGAGCAAGUCAGUAAGACUGCCCCAACUGGAGAAUAUUUAACGACAGGUAGCUUCAUGAUUCGAGGAAAAAAAAAUUUUUUGCCGCCUUCUCAUCUUGUACUGGGCCUCAGCUUUCUAUUCAGACUCGAAGAUAGUUUUGUUGAAAAGCAUUUGGGGGAAAGGAAGGUUAUAACAGAAGGAACAGACGAUGUGCUUGAUGUUCAAAACGAAGAUCAUAAGGAUGAAGUUGAAAUUGUUAUUCCCGAUGAAGAUGAUGUGGAGGACGCACAAAAAAAUGAGAUUAACACUGGUGAGAAGGAAGUUGAAAGGUUGGAGUCUCUAAAAGAGGAAGAGAAUGAUUCGGAUUCAUCUGAACUUGAAGAUAAUGAUGUCAAAUACCCUGAUACACACUUGAAGAUCGAGCACAAAACAGACACAGAGAUAAGUAUUCUUCCACAGCCAAUAACUCCGAAUGAAACGGAAGACAAUGCAUCCAAGUUUUUAGCUAACUUGAAUCCUCUAACUUCCAAAAAAAACCAAGGAAAUAAUAAGCAGAAACCUAAGCAGAACAAAGAGCUUAAUAGUAAAAAUAACGAAGAAAGUAACGUUAAUAAACAGCAGAUGAAACGAGGUCAGAAAAGUAAACUGAAGAAAAUAAAAGAAAAAUACAAGGAUCAGGACGAAGAAGAAAGGCAAUUACGUAUGGAAAUUCUACAAUCUUCAGGAUCUAACAAAGAAAAUAAGAAGAAUAAGAAAAAUAAAGAUACCAAUAAAACUGUAGUGAAGAAACCACAAACUCAGACUUCAAGGGUGCCAAAACCUAAUAAGAAUGAGGAAGAUGGUGGCGAUGAGGAGGAAGUUGUUAUGCAAGUUGAUGUGGAUAUGAUCAACGCGUUAACGGGAAUACCAACCGUGGAAGAUGAACUUCUGUUUGCUGUACCUGUUGUCGCCCCUUACAGCACCAUUAUUAACUAUAAAUUCAAAGUUAAAAUUACACCUGGUACUGGUAAGAAAGGUAAGGCGGCCAAAAUGGCUGUAGCAAUGUUUCUGAAAGACAGAACCACCACUCAGCGUGAAAAGGAUUUACUGAAAGCUGUGAAAGAUGAUCAGCUUGCAAGGAAUUUCCCUGGGAAGGUCAAAUUAUCAGCUCCUAAACUGCAGAGUUUGAAGAAAUAGUUUCCCUUAUCGUUGAUUUUGUUAUGUUAUUUAAUAAAGGUUGAUUUAUUUAUCAUUUCUA